AUGGCUAUGGUGUCAACUUCUACCCCUUGGUAUGUGGAUAUAGCCAACUAUCUUGCUUGUGGAGUCGUUCCCCUGGAGUUUUCUUCUCAACAAAAGAAAAGGUUUUUGAAGGAAGUGAGGAGGUACUUUUGGAAUGACCAAUACCUAUUAAAGCAAUGUGGAGAUGGCCUUUUUCGAAAGUGUAUUCCAGAUCAUGAAAUUGAAGGAGUUCUUAAGCAUUUCCACUCACUACCAUAUGGAGGACAUGGUGGUGUUGACAAAACAGUGGCAAAAAUCUCUCAAUCUUUAUUGUGGUGGCCGAUAAUGCAUAGAGACGCCCACAAAUUUGUUGAGCAAUGUGGUAGAUGUCAAAGGAGCGGAGGCAUUACCAAGAGGGACGAAAUGCCCCAACAAAGUAUUUUAGAAGUUGAACCCUUAGAAGUUAGGGGGGUGGAUUAUGUGACGAAAUGGAUUGAAGCCAUACCCUCACCUAUCAAUGAUCACAAGGUUGUGCUUAAGCUUCUAAAGAAGAUCAUUUUUCCUAGGUUUGGGGUUCCAAGGGUGCUAAUUAGUGAUGAAGGCUCCCAUUUCAACAAAAAGCAAUUUGAAGCUCUUCUCAAGAGGUAUGGAAUUUAUUCACAAGGUUGGAUUACCUUACCACUCUCAAACACAAGGACAAGUGGAGGUCUCGAACCGUGA